GCCUUCAAAACAGUGUGGAAUAUCCUGUUUUUAUGUGACGGACAAACGACGAUAGGUGAAUAUUCAAAAAAGCGUUACCUGCAGCGUUUAAAAGUGGCUAUAAACACAGUUUUCAUGCUGACAGCGUUUUAAUGUAAAACUAAAACGAUUAUACCCUAGAGCCGCUUUUAAAUAACGUCGCGCAAGCGAAUGACAACAGCUUUGAGAUGAUAAGAGAAUGUUCUGUAGAAUUCAUGGACCAGAAAUUCUGAAGUCGAUAGGUCUCUGUAUUUCAGUUUAGAACUUCUAGUGAAGGUGAAAGCAGAAUAAAGUGACGCAGCUUUUUCACGGAGUCACAGACAUGGCUUCAGUUUCCAUAGACGAUUUAUUGGAAGGUCUUUCAGCCGAGGAGUUGAAAGAAUUGUCCGGAGACAUUGACCCAUCUCAGCAAGGUCAAUCUUCAGAUGUUUCCAAGACCACCAUCAGCUACUUCGAUCGACCGAGAGCGGCCAAGAACAGAUAUGACAUCAAAUCCAUGAUAUGCACCAUGGAGAAGAAAUCUCAAGAUUCCAUAGUCGGGGACAACUAUCUGCCUCGCAAAUACAGGGAAUGGAAGAAGACGGGAAAGACAAAGGCGAAGCGGGAGAAGGAAGUUAAAAAAGAAGAAGAAGUGAAACUCCCGGAUGAACUUGAGGCGAUGAUGAAAGAUAUGGACGAUGAGGAUAUCAGUGAGAUUGCAGCCGUGCUUGGCCUACACAGUCUUUUGACGCAACAGCAAAGUUUCAAAGUAGAAAGCGAAAAACUGGGGGAAGCUAUCAAGAAAUUUGGCCUCCGAAAACCAGGCGUCGUUGAAGGGAAGAGGCCGAAAUCAAUGCCGGACAUGUUGCAGACACCAGACACCGUGCAGAUAUCAGAGAUCCUCAAAAGAUUGAAGAAGACUGACCCAACUUUGACUGAAAUUGCGAUGAACAACUACAAGGAUGUUGAGAGUGUGCUGAUUGAUAUUGCAAGAUUUCUUAGGAAGAAUACUCAUGUCAAGAAACUGUCCGUUGCAAAUACGCAAAUGAAACCCGCAGUUUGUCUGCAUUUCAUAGAAACAAUGAAAGUGAACAAAACACUGGAAACUAUCAACAUGGAAUCAAAUUAUUUAACAGGCGAUGUCAUUGCGAAGUUGAUGCGUGUUUUAGAAGAAAAUACAACACUUAAAGAACUGAGGCUUGCAAAUCAGGCUUGCACAAGUGGUUCGAAAGCCGAGCAAGCAAUCGCAAAAUCUCUCGACGCAAAUCACGCUUUGAAGAGGUUUGGUUAUUUCUUCGAAACCAGAGGUCCUAUGAUGUCUGUUGCAAAAUCUCUUCUCAGAAAUAACGACGAAGCGAGACAAAAAAGACGAAGCUACCACGAACUGGCAAAUAUGUAAGAAAUUAUCACUGACAUUGGACCGAAUUAGCGACAGAACUGCGGAUUUUACGAUGGAAUU